AUGCACUCACUAGCUCUCGGAAUUCCCUCCACAACUCCUCUACCGUCCUUCUAUUCUCUAUUCUACUAUACUACCCCGAAUAAUUACAACGAAAUUGCCACCUACCAGACAAAAUACAGCGAUCUAUUUGUUUCAGUAGUGCCUAUGCUCCCUUCAUUACACACGGCGGGCAAAAUCGCCUACGACGAGGAUUUCACUAGUCCAUUCAGCAUAUGCUACCAGGCUUCGAACUAUGCUAACAGCAGCAACAAGCACACUCUCAGAAUGCUCUGCCGAAUGGUCUUCCGGUACAUAUUUCUCGCUAAGUUCCUUAAUCUACCAAUGUGUACACUCCACCGUCUUAUCAGCCAGCUAAUCAUCUAUUCUGUCUACCCUUUUCCAGGUGCUAUCACUUAUAUACUACUACACGGACGAUCACUAGCAACAACCUCUAAUAUCACCAGAGAUAUUUAUUUUCACAUUCCCACUCACGCCCGAAUCCACUUUAUCUACGACAUAUUCCCGCUUAGUGGAUUGAUUGCGGAUAACGUCGCAAAGUUGAAGGCAGAGCGUAUAAAAAGAGUCAAGUUAUAG